AUGCCAGAUCUUCCGCCCGAGUUAUGGUGUACCGUCGCUCUUUAUCUUCCAAAUGAUACUCUCAAGGGGCUGUAUGCUGUCAAUCGACCCUUCUUUGACCUAGCCAUGAACGAGAGCUAUCGAGAAGUUUCUUUCCGCAAGAUCGACGAGUCGACGACGCGUCAGCUUGAGGCUUUGAGUUCGCUCUCGGGAAGCCUGGAGCAUCUCACGGUCAGCUGCUGCCCACCUGAGUACCUCAGCGUCUUCUACAAACACAAGUCUCUUUCAUCUCUGACAUUAAACGUGGCAUCGCUUGGGAGGCAAAGUUUCGAGACAUCGACGUCUUCCGGUCUGCAUGGUUUUCUCCGACAGCAAGGAGGCACGCUUCGUCACCUCGAAAUAUCCGCUUCUGUUUCCGAAAAUCCCUGGCGUGCCUACCGGUUCUCCUUCCACGACCUCCAGCUAUCCUCGUUGCAGUCUCUCUCCGUCACGGCAGACAUCCUCGCCUCGUCGUGGGACGACUCCUUCGCCUUCCUUCGCAAUCACGUACAGUUAGAAAGCUUAUCAAUCGAUGGGCCUCUCGCCCCUUCUGAGAUUUAUCGCAUCCUCGAUGUCCUCAACCACCACCACCCCUCUACUGCUCUUGUCGAACUUUCGUUAUCGAUAUACAACUUGGAUGUCCGUGUCCUCGAUAAACUCGCGAGCGACCUUCGACGACUAAGAAGUCUCAAGUUGAAAAUCAGCAAGAUAUCUUGUGAUACCACCUAUGCCAUAACUCCAUCUCAACACUUCCCUGAUGAUUCGGUGUCCGGCAAAGUGUACCCCUUCGUCAACGAGAUGAAGCUCCAUGCAUCGUUCGAGCGGUGGGAGUUGAAGGACAUCACGAUCAAACGGCGCUCAUGCUGUGCGGACCUCCUCCUGUGGGGCUUGAUGUCACUGUGCGCGCAGUGCAUCCCGUCGAUUACGAGCUUCGCGGGGAACGGAGACAAGAUGAUUCCCGCGGGACUUCAGCUUCAGGCUACAUACAAGCGAUGUUUACAGGUUCUGUGCAGCUACGGUACCGACCAUACGCUAUGGUGA